AAUCUCUUUCAGAACUCCGUCUGAAAACAACGACAAGGCUUUAUCAAGAGAAAAAGUGUUCAGCUUGGCUUGUUUUUUAUGAGAUAAAGGCUCACCUGCCUUUGGUCUAUACUUUGUUACUUUUGGUGCGUUGCUGUUUGUACAAAGCUGGCAACGAGGCUGUAAGGGAUGUAGGGGCCGUUUAAGCCGCCGGGUGUUGUUGGGUUACGAUGGAGGGACCUGCCACAAGAGACUUUGAGUUAUCUCUGUCAGACGGCGCCUCGGACGACGACGACAUGCCCUUGACGCUGCCAACAGACAGCAGCCACAGCGGGAGCAUCCGCAAGGGCUGUGAUCCCUUCGCUCAGACUCAGCGCAGUAAACUGCAGCAUCGACGAGCUCGCAUCAACCAGCAGAUCAACAAGGAGAUGCGCAUGAGAGCAGGAGCGGAGAAUCUUUUUAGGGCAACAACCAACAACAAGGUGAAGGAGACGGUGGCUCUGGAGCUCAGUUUUGUCAACUCCAACCUGCAGCUGCUCAAAGAAGAGCUGGAAGAGCUGAACAGCAACAUGGAGGUCUACCAGACAGACAGUGAUGCCAUCAGUGUUCCCAUGAUCCCCCUUGGCCUUAAAGAAACCAAAGAAGUGGACUUUACUGUUCCCAUCCAGGAUUUCAUCUGUGAGCACUACAGAGAGGACAGCAGUCUGUAUGACAAGGAGAUCAAAGAGAUGAUUGAACUCAGACAGGCGAUGCGCACACCCAGUCGAAACCAGGCUGGACUAGAACUGCUGAUGGAGUACUACAAUCAGCUGUACUAUGUGGACCAACGCUUCUUCUCCUCACACAGGAACCUGGGCGUUCACUUUCACUGGUAUGACUCUCUGACGGGGGUCCCGUCGUCCCAGCGUGCGCUGGCUUUUGAGAAGGGAAGCGUGCUGUUCAACAUCGGAGCCCUGCACACGCAGAUCGGAGCGCGGCAGGAUCGCUCCGCUACAACCAGCAUCGACAAGGCCGUCGAUGCCUUUCAGCGAGCUGCAGGUGCAUUUAAUUACCUUAAGGAGAACUUCUCAAAUGCUCCAAGUCUGGACAUGAGCGCUCUGUCUCUCAGCAUGCUGGUUCGCCUAAUGGUUGCCCAGGUGCAGGAGUGUGUGUUUGAACGCAUCACAAUCACCUCGCGGGACACUAAGUUUACCUCCCAACUCCAGCUGGCACAAGAAGCUGCACAGGUGUCGGAUGUUUACUCGCUGGUGCACCAGACGAUGACACAACCCCUGAUGAAGGACUAUGUGCCAUUUUCAUGGGCUUCCAUGGUUCAGGUCAAAUCUGAACACUUCCGUGCUCUUUCACACUAUUAUGCUGCUGCUGCGCUCUGCGACCACACAGUAUCUUCUGACGGAGAGGAGUGUGAUGAGGAGUCAGACAAGGCCUUCCUCAAGUUUUAUGUCAACAUUGCUUCAGGGCAAACUCUCAGCCAGAUCCUACAGGAUCCUGAAAAAAGGCGAAAGCUCGGUAAAGCCCACCUUCGGCGUGCGGUUAUGAGGCACGAGGAGGCCAUGCGUGUCCACAGUCUGUGUAAGAUCCUGAGGAAGAUGGACAUCCUGCAGGACGUUCUAUGUCAAACACACAAACGUUCCUUGGAGAAGUACUUGGAGCUGGACCGCGAAGAUGACUUUGAUGAAAUAGCAGAAGCCCCAGAGAUACAAGCUUAUACUCAGCAGAAACCAGACAUCACUCCACCAAGCUUCACUACAGUCCAGGUUUCUGACAUCUUUCAAAGACUGGGUCCCUUGUCAGUGUUCUGUGCAAGGGCCCGCUGGGGGCCCCCAAGGGUAAUCUCCCUGCAGAAAAGAGAAGGUGGGAUGGGUCUCACACUUCGAGGGGACUCCCCUGUCUUGGUUGCUGGAGUCGUACCUGGAGGCUGUGCAGAGGAGGCAGGACUAAGAGAGGGAGACUACAUUGUAGCAGUGGAUGGACAAGACUGUAAGUGGGCCAAACAUGGGGAGGUGGUCCUCAUGCUGACAAGCAGCAGUGACAGAGAAGUAGAGAUCAGUGUGGUGACGUUACACUCACAUGACACACAGGUGGAGAGAAAGGCGGCCAUGUUGUCCCACAGCAGAGACAAAGAAAACAGUCGCCAAAGGCUGCUGGGCGGGGCCAAGGGACAGAGCUCCGCCUCCUUGUUGAACUGGAACAGGAAGAAAAAGAGGGAAGGCAGCGGUGUCGCCAAGAAACUGGGAAGCACUUUUAGUUUGUCUUUUGGAAAUAUCCGUGACACGGAGGCCAUGUACUGAGACGGGACUGUGGAGGAAUCACUCAGGGACCCACAACAGCAGAGAAGGUACGGUGUGCAGCAACAGUUGGUGCCGAGCAAAGGAGCUCAAGCAUAGAAAGGCAAGUCUCUCUGGAGAACUGGACAAUUUUUUAAGUCAAAAUGUGAGUUUGUUAGGCAAAACCUGCCUAUAAAGAAGCUGUGACAUAAUCAUGGAAUGAAAAAGUCUACUUUAAAACAUCGUGGCUUUGUUUUUACCUUGCAUACUUUUUAAAAAAUUUGUUUGUAUCAGCAGAUAAAAUGCAUAUUUUCUCUGCUGUGAAUUUACUGUUUCUACAAAAUGACACUUAUGGAAAUCAUAAGAGAAUAACGAGACCAGACGGCAGCAACAGCACUAAAGGGAGUUUCAGUAUUAUUGAAAAAACAGGUUAUUUUCUCUACCUAAGAAAGCCUCAGUGGUUGCAUCCUUAAGUUUUCAGUACAUACUGUACCAAGGUACGCUGCGAGGGUUGAAAAAUGUGUUGUUAGUUGAAAAGGUUUUUGUUCUUGAUUUUAGGAUAGCUAAAAUCACCCUCACUUAAAAAAAUUUAAAUCAAAAGACAAAUCAAUCACAAAUUUCUUACUUAAAAAAGUUGAAUGAUGUUGUUUUCAUUUUAUUUUCAAUCUUUGUCUUUAUCAGCAUCAGCCUCUUGUAUGCAGGUCUUGGAAUAAGACACAUCAAACGAGGGAAUAUAUUGUACUGUAUAUACAAACCCGUUUGAUUUUAUUUUUUUUACUGCAAAAGAAAAUCCAGAUCCAGAAAAGAUGAAUCUAUGACAUUGCUGAAGAAGCCUGCAGGGAUUGUGAUUAAGAAUCAGAAACAGUAUAAAUAUUUAAUGUUGUAUUAUAAGCCAAUGGUGCUGACUGUGUUUUAAUGAAUUAAAAUAUUACGAGAAGAUUUAAAUUCAUUUUUAUAACGCAGCUGUUAAUCUGCUCAUUUAGCAGAGACAGAAAAAAUAGUUGCUGAGGAAGGCAAAUAUUGAGGAAAAAACAUAAAAGAGUAAUAUUUGAAGAGAGGAGUUAUCAAUUUAAAGCUUCUAAUCAGAUCAAUUUCCAGUUCACACUACCGGGGGCGCCCUUUCACAUUAACCGGACAAAAAAAAGCAAUAACAAAAUGUUGCUCUGACUGCAAAUGACUCAAGUUUUCUACAUCAUUUUUGACAAGGGUAUUCAGUAAGCCACCCUGAGAGGAGAACCUCACUGAGCACUUAAAAAAAACACUAAUGCAUUGUUCUAAAAUCCUAAAUGGAGCAUUAGUUACUGAUUGUGCUUCAUGCUACUAUAUCUGGUAAACAUUGCAGUAGAUAUAUAAGACUUAGUUAUGUCUCGAGUUCCUACACAUUUUGUAAAAGUAUUAAAUUUGCUUUAUUUUACCAUUACUUUCCACAUAUAGGCAUGGAAAACAGAAAAUGAAGUAUGGAAAGACAUAUUUUGAGACUGUUUUUCUCUUUCUACUUGAGUUAAAGAUGAACAUUUUUUAAAAUCUUUUGGUAAAUAAUUACUCGAAGAACUAGAUUUCUUCCUUUAUUGCAAACUUUGUGCACCAGGCCAAAUUAUAAUGGGAAACAAUUUAAGAGCAAAUCAUAUGUAUAAAACGUAAUUUAAGGGUUGACCCUGCUCUAAGGCAUAAUGUAGCUUUUUCAUUUGCUUUUACAAUAGGAAGAAAUUGGCAGGAACUGUGGCUUUAAACGUUUUGAUGAAAAGUCAGUCACUAUGUACCCUUGAAACCGUGAAAAUGCCCCAACAGUCAACUGGACAAGAAGGGAAAUUUAUGAAUGAACUCUGGAUUCAUACAGAGUUCAUAUCAUAUGAUAUGAACUCUGUAGUGGUACUACUCAGGUUACUCUGAGAAUAUUCUGUUACCAUGGCGAUGAGAAACAUCUCUUAGUUUGGAUGACUAUGGCGUGACGCUCAACUCUCCUUGUAAUAAUUGUUUAGUUAAUUUCUCUUUAGAUUGUAAGCACUUGAAUUUUCAUUUGUUUUGUAUUUUUUGUAGUUUAGACAUCUUUAAUGCACUGUGAGAAUUUUUUUGUUUUUUUUGUAGCUUUAUUGUUACAAUAAACUCACACUGAGGCUGUGAUUUGUCUGGUGAAGUAUUUCAUGUGGUGCGACUAUUCCAAUGUCAACAGUGGGUUUUUUGUAUGUAUAUGUGAGUUGAGUCACUGUUUGUUUCUUUAGUUGAGGAUGUUAAUGGAAAAAUAACUUUCAUUGUUUUUUUUUAAUUUUAACAACUAAAACAGCCUCAUAGUAUGGCUUGUUUCAGGUAAAUUUCUCCCGUCAAAAUAUGUCGUUUCACUUGAGUUGUUUUGCGGAGCGAUAGACUUCCGUAUGCACAGAUGAAGCACACAAAUGUUUUGGAUGUUUUCUUCAGUUUGGGUUUCAUAAAAAUCUAAAAUUCACCCCAAAAGUACAAUUUGUAACAGUUUCAAAAUGAAAGCCUGUUUUGCUUUAUGAUAAAUUCAAUAUCUUAUUGUCAACAACUUUGAAGACAGUUUUUCAGUCUUUUUGGUUUUAGACACUUCAAUGUUCUGUUUCUAAAUCUGGUAUUGUCGUUUUGUAUGAAAAAAGUCAGCCAUCAUAAAUUGAAUUCAUGUUUGUAUGUCUGACAAUCCCUAACAGUUAGGGGUGUGCACUGUCUUUGAUGUAUAGAAUGCCAUCAAAUUGAUAAAUAAACACAUAGUUCACUUAUGAGAAAACUGAA